UCGCAUUUGCUACAAAGGCCUGCUAACACUAGCACGCUAGCUUCGAACAACAUAUCAGGUAAAUAAGAUAAAUAAUAUAAAAAUAUAUAAUUUAUAUUACCUCAUAAGCCGCUUGUAGAAGAGAGGAGUGGAAUAUAUUCUUCCUAUUGUUACACCAGCAACUCUUAAAUGGGACUUUUUUGUUGGUCUGCGGCUGGGCGAAGGAAGUGUGCACCACUCACUAUUGUCCCAGAGAAACACGUGUUUGGCCAACAUUUGUUCCGCGAUUGAGAACACCUCGAAGACGUCACACAGGAGGAAGAAACAAAACAAGAUGGCGUCUGACGGAGAAUACGUUGUUUUGGUUAUCAUGGUUUCUUGGUCCUAAUUACAACGUACAUGUGCACAUGUGUGUCGUUUAAUAGAGUAAACGUCGUUAUUAUUGUCUGUAUGCACUUUGAGUGCACUUUGACGUGCGAGCCGAGCCUGCUGGUUAGCUUAGCUUGUUAGCUGCUAACAAACAGAGGCGGAAGUGAUCGACACAUCAAAGCAGAGAUCCCAAUACAUCCGUGGAAAACAUCUUCACCCUGAGCAACAGAAAUGGAGCUUGAGGAUGUGGAAGGAGGAGCCACUGCCCUCCCACAUUAAGAAGAAAGAGGAAUACUCACUGAUUCCCCAUUUUUUUUGAAAAGGAAGAGAAGGACCCACUGACACCCCAUUUUAAAGAGGAAGAGGAGGAACCACUAACACACAAUUUUAAAGAGGACGAGGAGGACCCACUGACUUCCCAUUUUAAAGCGGAAGCGGUGGAUCCACUGAACCCUCACAUUAAGGAGGAAGAGAUGGAUCUACUGAGACCCCAUUUUAAAGAGGAAGAGGAGGACCCACAUACACCCCAUUUCAAAGAGGAAGAGGAGGACCCACUAAUAUCCAAUUUUAAAGAGGAAGAGGAGGACCCACAUACACCCCAUUUCAAAGAGGAAGAGGAGGACCCACUAAUAUCCAAUUUUAAAGAGGAAGAGGAGGACCCAUUGACGCCCCUUUUUAAAGAGAAAGAGGUGGAUCCACUGACCCCUCACAUUAAAGAGGAAGAGGUGGAACCACUGACCCCUCACAUUAAAGAGGAAGAGGAAGAACACAGCAUCAGUCAGCAGGGAGAGCAUCUAGAAGGACUGGAGGAGGUUGAUGUCACCAAGAUGCCAGUGACUGGUGUCCCUGUGAAGAGGGAAGAUGAUGAGGUCAAAGGUGAAAGUGAGGAGAGGGGAGGGGGGGAGCCUCCAAGCAGCAGCUCAACACAACACAUGACAACAGAAGCUGAUGGAGACCACUGUGGAGGAUCACAAGCAGACAAGCUCUUAGCUCCACUAUCAGAUAGUGAGGACACAACGUCACACUCUCCUGACACUGAUGAUGAAGACUCUAAAGAUGACAAGACAUGUCACACUGACAACACUCACUUCAAGUGUUCACACUGUGACAAAACUUUUAAAUAUCCUAGUAAAUUGAAAAGACACAUGAGAACUCACACUGGAGAAAAACCUUUUUCAUGUUCAAUCUGCGGUAACGAUUUUAUUCAUAAGCACGAUUUGAAAAUACACAUGAGAAUACACACUGGAGAAAAACCUUUUUCAUGUUCAAUCUGUGGUAAAGAUUUUACUCAUAGGCACAAUUUGAAAAUACACAUGAGAAUACACACUGGAGAAAACCCUUUCUCCUGCUCAGAAUGUGGUAAAGCUUUUGCACGAAGAAGCACUUUGAAAGUACACAUAAGAACACACACUGGAGAAAAAGAUUUUUCUUGUUCAAUCUGCGGUAAAGAUUUUGUAAGAAGUCAGUGUUUAAAAGUACACAUGAGAACACACACUGGAGUAAAAAUGUUUUCUUGCUCAGAAUGUGGUAAAGCUUUUGUACGAAGAAGCACUUUGAAAGUACACAUUAGAACACACACUGGAGAAAAAACUUAAAGGGGAACAUUAUCACAAGUUCAGAAGGAUUAAAACCAAUAAAAAUUAGUUCCCAGUGGCUUAAUUUAUUUUUCAAUUUUUUACCCAUCAUGGAAUAUCCCGAAAAAAGGCUUUAAAGUGCCUGAUUUUUGAUAUCUGUAAAUCCACCGUCCAUUUUCCUGUGACGUCAUCUAGCGAUGCCAAUACAAACAACAUGGCGGAUAGCACAGCAAGAUAUAGCGACAUUAACUCUGAAUCAGACUCGGAUUUCAGCGGCUUAAGCGAUUCAACAGAUUAUGCAUGUAUUGAAACGGAUGGUUAGAGUGUGGAGGCAGAUAGUGAAAACGAAAUUGAAGAAGAAACUGAAGCUAUUGAGCGAAUAGCUAUUGAAACUAUUCGGCGAUCACCUUCUAACCAACGAUCGCAUCUUUUGACCACUGGAGCAAUUUAAAUCCAUCGAUUGGCAAGUGUUUGUUUGGCAUUAAAUGUGGGUGGAGGGAAAGGCUGGAUGCAAAUAUAGCUACAAAUGUACAUACAGCUAGCCUAAAUAGCAUGUUACCAUCGAUUAGCUGGCAGUCAUGCCGCGACCAAAUAUGUCUGAUUAGCACAUAAGUCAAUAACAUCAACAAAACUCACCUUUGUGAUUUCGUUGACUUUAUCGUUGGAAAUGCAUCUGCUUUGAGUGUUGCAGGAUAUCCACACGUUUCUCUGUGCCAUGUCUGUCGUAGCAUCGCGGUACAUACAGUACAUACAGAUAGCCUGAAUAGCAUGUUAGCAUCGAUUAGCCUGCCGUGCUAAUCGAUGCACAUUCCACAUAACACAACUUGAAUCCGUCCCUGAUCGUGUUGUUACACCCUCCGACAACACACCGACGAGGCACGAUUUCUCCAAGGUACGGAUAACAGUCGAAAAAAUGGAAAAUAACAGCUGAUUUCACUCUGUGUUUGUAAUGUGUUUGAGAAAAUGGCGGAUUGAUUACCUAUGUGACGUCAUCGCUCCGAGAGCGAAUAAUAGAAAGGCUUUUAAUUCGCCAAAAUUCACCCAUUUAGAGUUCGGAAAUCGGUUGAAAAAAUCUAUGGUCUUUUUUCUGCAUCAUCAAGAUAUAUAUUGACGCUUACAUAGGUCUGGUUGAUAAUGUUCCCCUUUAAACAAGUUCAGUAUGUUGUAAAAGUUUUAUACAAAGUCCGUAUUUUGAAAAGACAUGAGAAGACACACAGGAGAGAAAGUAUUGAGUUGCAGUGUGUGUGGUGAAAUAUUUUCUUCUAAGUACCAGUGUAAGAAACACAAGUGUGCUGGUGAGAACAGCAGCAGCAAAUGAAACUGCAGGAUUUGAAAUAAACUCUCAAAACUCUAA